AUGGCACUGUUUGGGAUGCUUUGGAUCGCGCUUUCGAGUUUGUGGGUAAGUGCAGAGGACGCCCAGCCGUGCCCCAAGGGCUACUACUGCCCAGAGCAGACUCGUCAGCCGGCUCUGUGCCCAGUGCGCCACUACUGCCCGGAAGGCAGCACCGAGCCUUUGCCCUGUCCGCCCGCACACGUCUGCAAGGGCCAGGACCUGGAGGCCUUGCCUUACGGAACGUGGCGAGACUUGGCGGUGCCCCUGGCUGCAGGGGAUGGCCACACAGUGGUUGUCUCCAACUUGGGCCAAAUCUGGGCAGCAGGCGACAACAGCAACGGCCAGCUGGGCACCGGUAGCACUCUGGGGCAACAGGCUUUUGUGCACGUAGAAGCUGUUGGCCACAAAAUCGUGGCCGUGUCUGCUGGAUAUAUGCACACCGCUGCCAUCACGGACUCUGGCGAGCUGUGGACAUGGGGCGGCAAUUCUUGGGGCCAGCUUGGCGUUGGGGACACCACGGAUCGCCAUGCCCCGGUCAAGGUCAGCGUGAACGGCCAGAAGAUCGUGGCCGUGGCUGCUGGAUUUUGGCACACCGCUGCCAUCACGGACUCUGGCGAGCUGUGGACGUGGGGCCGCAAUUUUUAUGGCCAGCUUGGCGUUGGGGACACCAAGGAUCGCCAUACCCCGGUCAAGGUGAGCGUGAACGGCCAGAAGAUCGUGGCCGUGGCUGCAGGAGAUUGGCACACCGCUGCCAUCACGGACUCUGGCGAGCUGUGGACCUGGGGCAGCAAUAAUCAUGGCCAGCUUGGCGUUGGGGACAUCAAGGAUCGCCAUGCCCCGGUCAAGGUGAGCGUGAACGGCGAGAAGAUCGUGGCCAUGGCUGCUGGAUAUAUGCACACCGCUGCAAGCACGGACUCUGGCGAGGUGUGGACGUGGGGCCGCAAUAAUUAUGGCCAGCUUGGCGUUGGUGGGGCCACCAAGGAUCGCCGUUCUCCGGCGAAGGCGGCAAAGAUGUGGUCUCCGGAUGGCCGGGCGUCAAGUGCGCUUGGCGAGGCCUUCCUGGCUGCAACGUGGGGUUCGAAGAUUCCGCAGCCCCGUCAGUGCAAUGCGUUGUGCGGCCAGCUUGCUACUAUUCAGCAGAAGUACCACGUGCAGGUGGGCGCUUGGGAGGCAACACCCUGCCCGGCGGGCUCCUUCUGCGCAAGGGAGCGGGUCGGACCCUCAGCCGGCUUGUUGGAAGAGGGAGGUGCGCAGCCAUGCCCAGCGGGUUUCUUUUGUACCGAGGGCUCCACGGCACCGACACCUUGCAAAGCUGGCGUUUGGUGCCCCGCAGGCGCUCGGAUGCCAGGCCCUGCUGAAGCCGGGUCGGCUGGUGGCACUCGAGGUGGCGACGGGCAGUCGGGUGGCAGCCCAGAGACUCGCGAUUUGGUCCAGGCCGCCAAGAUGGAUGAGCAGGGGAAUGCCUUGAGUGCGCUACAAGCGAAAGUCGCAGAGCUGGAGAAGCAGCAUCUGCACAAAAUCGCGAAGUUGGAGCAACAGCUGCAGCAAGCAGCAGCACGACAGGGCACGAAGUCCCAAGACUACAAGAAGUUGGAGGAUCAUUUGCAGCAGGCAUCAGCAAAGCAAGAUAUCCUUGAAUCCCAAAUCGGGAAGUUGGUGCAGCAGCAAUCAGCAUCAGAAGCGGACGUGAAAGUGUCUUUGCAAUAUAUGAAGGCCUCAGUGCAAAACGUCGAGGCGAAGCUCCAAGUUUUCAAGUGGCAAGGUGUUCUGGACUCUGCCGUGGACUUUCGUGGUACAGAAGCCCUUGGCAUGUGGUGUGGCUUAAUGCUCGUCUUAGCCUUGGGUGCCAGCUCUUUCCUUUUUCGCAUGUGCAUGAGUGCGAGUAGCACGGUGACCCAGUAUGACCAUGCUGGGCGGAGAGUUCUCAAAAUUCGCUCGCCCAGCAUCUCCAUCCACGAUGUGUGCAUCCGGCACUCCGGCCUCCGCGUGGAGGUGGAUCUGGGCCACAGGGCCACAAAGCCCCGGUUGGUCCGGGCCCAACUUCGCUCGGCGGGUUUCGAGGCCUUCGAGUUCCGGCAGCAUGAGACGGUGAUGGAGGACGGCUUCCUCUACCUGCGUUUUGUGGACUCCGCGGAGCGGAAGUACGAGUUCCCGUUUCCCGAAGAGGACACUCGCAUGCCAGGGGGCGAUCGCACGCCCAGUGAAAGCACGCAGAACAGCUACGAGUUCGUGGCUGAUGCGGCUGAGGAGGCUUCCGGCUUCGACGUCCCGGUAGCUGCAGCUUCUGGAGGCCAGCCGGUUCUGUGCCCAGCGAGCCACUACUGCCCGGAAGGCAGCUCUGAGCCUUCGCUUUGUCCGCCUGGGCAUGUCUGCAGGGGCCAGGACCUGGAGGCCUUGGUAAACGGAACAUGGGGAGGCCUGGUGCCGUUGGCUGCAGGGUUGGGCCAAACGGUGGUUGUCUCCAACUUAGGCCAAGUCUGGGCAGCAGGCGACAACAGCAACGGCCAGCUGGGCACCGGUAGCACUCUGGGGCAACAGGCUUUUGUGCAAGUAGAAGCUGUUGGCCACAAAAUCGUGGCCGUGUCUGCUGGAGAAUUCCACACCGCUGCCAUCACAGAAUCUGGCGAGCUGUGGACGUGGGGCUACAAUAAUGGUGGCCAGCUUGGCGUUGGGGACACCGCGGAUCGCCAUGCCCCGGUCAAGGUGAGCGUGAACGGCCAGAAGGUCGUGGCCGUUGCUGGGAGCAUACCACACCGCUGCCAUCACGGUGAGCUUGGUGUUGGAAACACAACGGAUUGCGAUGCCCCCGUCAAGGUGAGUGUGAACGGCCAGAAGAUCGUGACCGUUGCUGCUGGACAGCUUUACACAGUCGUGAUCACUGAUUCGGGCGAGCUGUGGUCCUGGGGCUGCAAUGGUGCUGGCAGGCUUGGCAUUGGGGACACUGCGGAUCGUCAUUCACCGGUGAAGGCGGCGGCAGUGCCGGCCAGGGUCAGCGAGACGCAUUUCCCACUGUGCUGGUCUCCGGGGCGCCGUGCACCAAGUUCGUUGGGCGAGGCCUUCCUUGCUGCAACAUGGGGAUCGAGGAUUCCCGUGCCACGUGAGUGUGGCGUGUUGCGUAGCCAGCUCGCUGCUUUCCAGCAGAAGUGCCGCGUGCAUGUGGGCGCUUGGGAGGCAACACUGUGCCCCGCAGGCUCUUUCUGUCCGAAGGAGCAGGGAGAGAUAGGUACCGGGGGCUCUACGGCACCGACACCGUGCAAAGCUGGGGUUUGGUGCCCGGCCGGGAGCACCGGCCCUCCUGGCAACGAAGGUGGCGGGGACACUGCCUGGGACUUCCGUGGUACAGAAGCCGCCCUGGGCCUUUGGCCUAGCUUUAUGAUCGUCUCAGCCCUGUCUGCCAUCUGCUUGAGGGUUUUCAUUCGCUUUUUCUGGUGUAGCAGCCCGGUGACCCAGUACGACCAUUGCGGGCGGAGAGUUCUGAAGAUUCGCUCCCCCAACAGCAUCUCCAUCCACGACGUGUCGGUGCACCACUUCGGCCUCCGUGUGGAGGUAUACUUUGGCCACAGGGCCGCGAAGCGCCAAUUAAUACAAACCCAACUUCACUCAUCACGCGAAACCUUCGAAUUCCGACAACAUGAGACGGUAAUGAAGGAUGGCUUCCUCUAUCUGCACUUUGCUGAAACUGUGGAGCGGAAGUACGAGCUCCGGAUGGAGGGAACUGGGAUGCGAGUGAAAGAGGCACAGAGAACAGCUUCGAGUAUGUGGCUCUGGGUGAAGAGGAAGUGA